CCUUUAUCUCAAGAUAAGAUUAGCUGAUGGAGAAGUUCAAGGAUGAUGACCUAAAACUCUACAGUUCAGAAGUAACGGUUAGUUCUGUAGGCUUACGGAGCUAGGGCUGGUAAAAUUAAAUAGCAAUGUCUUUUAUUGCUGUCCCUCAAAAUUGUCAUUUUUCAUAUCAAAAUUUGCCUUAUGGCAUAUUUAGCCCUCCUGGAGAUAAAAAGCCUCGACCUGGAGUUGCAAUUGGAGAAUAUAUUUUAGAUCUGUCUAUAAUAAAGCAUCUUUUUGAUGGUCCUCUUUUGAAAAAUCACCAAUAUGUUUUUGAGGAGCCGUAUCUGAACUGCUUCAUGUCUUUGGGAAAAGAUUGCUGGCAGGAAGCUCGAAAGACUCUGCAACGUAUACUCGCAGCAGAUAAUCCUCUUUUAAGAGAUAAUUCAAGUUUACGUUCAAAAGCCUUCAUUUUGCAAGAAAAUGCCAUCAUGCAUUUACCUUGUAAAAUUGGUGAUUAUACUGAUUUUUACUCCUCAAUAGAACAUGCUACAAAUAUUGGAAUUAUGUUUCGAGGAAAAGAUAAUGCUCUUAUGCCAAAUUGGAAAUAUUUACCUGUUGCCUAUCAUGGUCGAGCUUCUUCAAUUGUAGUUUCUGGAACUCCAAUUAGAAGACCUAAUGGACAAACAAGACCUGUUGACAAUCUACCGCCUGAGUUUGGACCUUGCAAGUUGAUGGAUUUUGAAUUAGAAAUGGGAUUUUUCAUUGGGACACCUUCAAAACUUGGAGAACCAAUCAAUAUCAGCAAAGCUCAGGACCAUAUUUUUGGCAUGGUUUUAAUGAAUGACUGGAGUGCUCGUGAUAUACAAAGAUGGGAAUAUGUGCCUUUAGGACCAUUUUUAUCAAAAAAUUUAGGAACAACAAUUAGUCCUUGGAUUGUUCCGAUGGAAGCAUUGCAGCCGUUCAUAUGUGAGAAUGUGCAUCAAGAUCCUGCUCCAUUUCCUUAUCUUCAACACUCAGAUGCAUAUAACUUUGACAUUCAUCUGGAAGUAUUAUUGCGACCUGAAAAUUCUAAAGAAACUUCUGUUAUUUCAAGAUCUAAUUUUAAGAAUAUGUACUGGAGUAUGAAGCAACAACUAGUACAUCACACUGUCACUGGCUGCAACAUGAAUGUUGGAGAUCUAUUAGCAUCAGGAACAAUUAGUGGCAAGUCUCCAGAUUCUUAUGGGUCUAUGUUAGAACUUUCAUGGAAAGGAACAAAACCUAUUACUUUACUAGAUGGGCAGAUUAGAAAAUUUUUGCAGGAUGGAGAUGAAGUUACCCUAACAGGAUAUUGCCAAGGUGAUGGAUACAGAGUUGGUUUUGGAACUUGUACAGGCAAACUCUUGCCAGCCCUUCAAUUCUAAAAUUAAUGAGAGACUACUCUUAUCAAAAAGAAGAAGCAUUUAAAAAUUAUUUUGUAUACUUUAUUUUGAAAUAAAAUAUCAAAGUAUUUUUUCACUGCA